AUGCUGGAGGACAUCGAGGAGCUGUUCCACAGUGGACAGCCCAAGUCGCCUGCUUUCGUGGAGGUUAAGUCUCCGCAACAGUCGCUGGCUUAA